UUGUAACGCUCAUUCGUUUAUUCCAAAGUAACUGAUUUUGUCCAGUAGCAUAUGACGUGUGCAGUCACGUGCCAAGUUUCCUGCUUAUAUACAAGUUCUUUUCUGCUGCGACAGUCACACAUUGUUCCUGCAAGGCGAAGGACAGUAAAUCAGAAUGGCAGCUCCACUUGGACCCAGAGAGACUGGCAAGUUCAUCACUGAAAACAGCAAGAAUGUGUUUGUGGACAUGGAGGGUGUGCACUCCCUCGCUGAGAAGCUCUUUGAGAAGAUUGAUCGUAAGGAGCUCACCUUGAAGGGAUGGAAAUUCCUCCAUGAAUUAAACCCACAGGGCUCUGGGGAAGAUGCUGUCAACUGGGUGUUUUUUGCAGACACUUUGAACUUCUCCUUCUGGUCAGAAAAUCAAGAUAAGAAGUACUUGGUCAAGUACAAAGGAAAGGAGUAUAGUGGCUACUGGUCAUUUUGUGCUGCCAUAAAUCGUUCCUUGGAUGAAGGAAUUCCAAUCACUACGCCAUCAUAUUAUUCCACUGUAUCACUGGACCAGCUAAAGUAUGUUUUCCGUUCUGACACGGAUGUUCCAAUCACUAUGAUUGAAACUCGUCUUGAGAUCCUUCAUCAGACUGGAAAGAUCCUGAUGGAAAAGUUUGGAGGCUCUUUUCUGAACUGUGUAAAGAAGAGUGAAAGAAGUGCAGUGAAACUCUUGCAGCUGGUGAUAGAGAACUUUCCAUCCUACAGAGAUGAAGCAGUCUACCAGGGUAAGAAGGUGGCCUUCUAUAAGCGUGCUCAGAUCCUUGUGGGAGACACCUGGGCAGUACUAGAAGGAAAAGACGAGGGCUCCUUCCAUGACAUCGACAAAAUAACCAUGUUUGCUGACUAUCGAGUUCCUCAAACUUUGCUUCACUUUGGAGUCAUUAGAUAUUCGGAAGAGCUAGUGAAAAAGCUAAAAGAAGGUUGGUUGUUUCAGAAUGGAGAUCGGGAGGAGAUGGAGAUCAGGGGCUGCUCUAUCUGGGCUGUGGAGCUGAUUUAUGAGCAUGUGCAGGAACUAUUCAAAAAGAAGGGAGGAAAAAUAAGCCAUGAAGUCAAUCCUAUACUCCUCAAUAACUUUUUGUGGGACUUUGCACGUGACAACAGAAAGGCUGUAGAUGUUGUACCCUUUCACAGAGUGCGCUGCAUCUAUUACUAGUGGCUUUUAUGCUGCUUACAACAUGCUGUAAUAACAUACUUGGGGAUACAAAGUUUAUAUGAUGACGCAAAGGCUUUUUUUUUACUUAUAUUUGCAUAUGAUUUGUAAGUAAAUAAAUAAUUUCCAAUA